AUGGCGUCCUUUCCAGAAUCUUUUCGAACUCAAGCAUCUAUACGCUCUCCGAAUUCACGAAGAAACCGCCACCAGGUCCUGGUACUCGGCUACUGCCACUCCGACUGCCGCACCGUGCGCGACCAGACGGACUCGGUCAAGCUCGAGUUCAUCAACACCACUUCAAACGUCUUCAAAAGUCCGUCCUGGUCCCUGUUUCACAAGCGAGUAGGCGACGAUUUCGUCGCUUUUCUUCUUAAAAACUGCUCCGUCUUCCAAAGCCUCAGCAAUCGCAACUACCUCCAGCUCGCCGGCGCGAGCCUCUCUCUAAAGCACAACCUCGUUGUUCCCGUCACCUCCUCUUCGCAGGGGCCUCCGCGUCGUGGCGCCAACAAUUCGACCGCCAAGCUUCUCCGAAACCGCCCCAACAAGCGACCCCGCGCGCCGCGCGACCUCGCCCCAUCCGCCAAGCGCGUCAAGAGCGAGCGAGAAACCCGCGCCGCCGUCGACGACCGCGCACUCGCGAGCGAACGCGCCACCCUCCUGUCACAAUCUUGUACCAAAUUCACACCUUCUCUGACGCCCUCCGCAAACCCCGCGCCCCCUCCCAAGCGCCCCGCCCCGCCCUCCGGACACCAACCCGCAUCGAAUCGCCCGCCAACCGCCCCAUCGUGGUGCGCCAAAACGCCCGCCUUCUGCAAACUGCUCCGACACAAAAUCUUCUACUACAACCCUCACGCGAGUACGAUACAAAUGCCUAAAGAAUGGAUUCUCGCACAACUCGACCCCACCACCGAGGGCGCGCGAACUCUCGUGCGACACGUCUUCUCCAUCUCCCACAGACUUCGCAUUCCGCCAAGAAUCAACUCGUUUCUCCCAAUCGCCAAGUCAAUCAUUCAAAACAGCAAAAAAAUCCUUCUCUGCGCCGCUCUGCAAAAGUAUGCACCUAUCAAGAACUGCGGCCCCACCUCGCCCUCUCGCCACCAUCCCCACCUGCUGCCCCCGCCACGCGCCCCGCUUUCCGGCUCCUCAGACCCUCCAUCUAGACACCGGUUAAAAACAAGUCCCCUUCGACCCAAACGCUCGUCCGCGACUCGCCCGCCCUUCCCCAACCGCGCACCUCGUCCGCGCGACAACCGAGAGCCCCGCUGCCCCGUCCUAUCCACUUCUCCCGCAUCGCCGCACCGCUCCUCGCACCCGCUCGACGACCACUACGAAAACCUGCUCCUGCAAGAACUCAUCGACGCCAAAGACGUCCCGCUGCAUUGGCUAAUCCCCGACAACCAACUCCCGAAUUGCUACGUCCCUCACUACGACGCCUUCCUCUUCGUCAGGCACGUCGUCAGGUCUCUGCUGCCACGAGACCUGCUCUGCUCCGCCUACAACUGGUCGCAGUUCGAGAGCAGCAUCGACGCCGUAAUUCGCCUCGGACGCUUCGAGCAGCUCUUCACGGAGCAAAUAUUCAACCGCAUCAAGCUCAACCACGUCGUCUGGCUCUACAAGGACUCGCGCCCAUCCUCUAAGACUCACCACCUACCCCCUAGCGACAUGUACGUCAGGAGGAACCUGAUGCUAGCCGCGCUGAAAUGGAUCUUCAAUGAAGUGAUCUUCACCCUUCUCAGAGGCUGCUUCUACUGCACCGAAACCGCCCCUCACAAGCUUCGCGUAUUCUACUACAGGCGCGAAGUCUGGUCCCGCAUACACCGCAACGCCGUCAGCGACCUGUCUCUGCGCGGCGUCAUCCAACGAGUCGAAAGCGCCAACGUGGAAGAACUUCUGCACUCCAGGCUACUCGGACUCUCCUACUUCCGCUUUCUGCCCAAAAAAAACGGCGUUCGCCCCAUCGUCAACUUCAGGAGGAAACGCGCCAACCCGUUCCACGCCGACUACGCCCCCAGCAUCAACGACACGAUGAAAGUAGUCCAAGAAGUACUGACCUUCGAACAGCAAGAAAACAAAGACGAGCUCAUGGCCUCCGGCGUCCUCAAAGACGAGGAAGUCUACCACCGCCUAUCGCACUUCAAACAACAACUCCAAAAACCAGACGGCGCCCUGCCAAAACUCUACUUCGUCAAAGUCGACCUCGAGCGAGCCUACGACAACAUCAAGCAAACCAGACUAUUCGAACUAAUCUCCAACGACGUCCUUCACCUCGAGCACUACCUGCGCAUCACUUGGAGUCAAACCCGGGUCGACCACAACCAAUGCAAAUGCUCGUGGAAAAAAAAAAUAUUUCACCCCUCUAAACACCCCCAAUUCCCCCAUGUGGCUUCCGAACUCUCCAAACGCCUCCGACACGUCAUCUUCACCGACGGCGUGAAAACGGACACCGUCCGUCGCGACGACCUCCUAGACCUCUUGUACCAACACAUUUUUUUCAACAUCAUUCGCGACGAAAAACGCUACUACAAGCAAGCCGAGGGGGUCUCCCAGGGGUCAACGACGUCCGCUCUCCUCUGUAGCCUCUACUACGCCCACCUAGAACGCAACGAGCUUCGAGAAUUCUCCUCGCCGUCCGCCUGCCCACCACCCCACCGCUCAGACGCGCCUGGCGAAAACUGGCUCCUACUCCAUUGGAUCGACGACUUCUUGUUCGUCACAACCAACCCCCUCCAAGCCAAAUCCUUCGCCGACAAAAUGCACGCCGGAUUCGCCGACUACGGGUGCUACUGCAACCCGUCCAAAACGGUCGUGAACUUCGACCACGCCUGCCAAAACAAACCACUGCCCAAAUGCCACCUGCAAAGCGGGGACGCACACCCAUCUAUACUCUGGUGCGGCUGGGCGCUAGACACCCUCACUCUAGACGUCCAACGCGACUUUUCCUUCGUCGGUCGUCGCAUCAGGGACUCUCUCACCCGCGUAUUCUCCCCUCGCCCUGGCAAAGCUCUCCUAGAAAAAAUAAAUUCUACCAUUUUGUGUAAAGCCCACCCCAUGCUGUUCGACGCGUCCUUCAACUCGUCCGACACCAUCCUCCUCAACUCGUUCCACAUCCUCUUACUCGCCAUGAUCAAGCUCUGCUGUCUAGACCAGGGCUCCUACCAGUGCCGCAAUCAACAAGCUGAAUGA